GUGUGUAUUUUAGUGCAAUAGUAGCAGAGAAGCAGAAACUCAACACUUUUCAAGAUACAGGAAAGAAAAGGCAGCCAAUAUCCAAAGACAACUUUGUUCUUGUACCUGCCAACAAAUCAAAGGGUCAAGUAUCAUGGUUUCAUGACCUCGCUGGGAAUAAAUCUCUCAAUCAACUCACAAAGAAGGUGCCAGUGUUCCAUCGUAAAGAUGAUAUCUUUGUGACUCUGUGUGAGAACAACAUGCCAAUGAUUAGAGCAGCAUGGUAUCUAAAGAUGAUGGCUGCAAACCAAGCUGCUAUCUCAGAAACUAAGAUGAAGAAAAGACAACCUAAUGAUCCAUCCCAAGACUGGUGUCUGAUCAUCACCAAGUUCUUGAAGAGCCAGCUCGACAAGAUCGUAGAGUACAACAACACUGCCUCCCUCGUCUCUGCACAGCAGGCGGCGGCGUCGAACGCCAAGCAGUCGUCUUCGUCAGGCUCCUCCUUGCUUGGGGGCGGGAUGGGCUCCAUGGGGAUGGGAUCUGGCUCUAUGGGAGGGAGUACUAUCGAGCUGGAGAAGUGUGUCAAGCUGUGGCAGUACACGACAGAGUUGGCCAGAUAUCUCUAUCAGGAAGGGAUGUUGGAAUGCCAUGACUAUCUCUCCUGGCUUGUUGACACUUUGGAGAAGGUUAACACUAAUGAUGACAGUACUUUCAGAUUCUUACUACCGUUUGUCGUCCAGUAUUUGGAGGAGUUUCUGAAGAGUCAGCUGCUCUCCCGUCGUCUUGCCUACGUCUGUGCUCGGCGUCUAACAUCCAUGUGCUCUGAAUCUAGACCCCAUUCACCACAUCUCAAUACAUCUAGCAACGCCCAGAUGCCAUCCAACCCUCCGUCCCAUUCCCAGCAUGCCCUAGCCAGCAUCCUGGCCGAGUUCCGCAGCUGUCCCCAGCAUCACUCCAUCAUCCUAGGUCUUAGCUGCAUUCUUCAGGCGGUCACGCUGCGCUGUCCCAGUGCCCUGGUGUGGAUCAACCUAGGUGAGAGCAAGAACUACAGCGUGCCUGGGUCACCGUUGGACAUCCUACCCUGCCCGCCGUCCCUACUGCCCCUUCCUGGUAGCAUCUCCAUACAGAAUCAUCAGAUUCGUAGCAGCAUUCGUCAGGCAGAAAACCAGAUCAAGAUGAGAAGCAGAAGGGCAGAGGUCAGGUGGUCCUCAGAUAAAUGCCAAGAAUCCGCAGCUGGUCACACGAUAUCAAGAGUACUGCAGACGUUAGAAGUGCUGGACGGACAUUGUUUUGAUCGCUGUGAUGCUAGUAACUCAAUAGAUGCCCUCUACAACAAGAUAUUCCUGAAUAAUCAAAAACAGGACUCGCCAGAACCUUUGCAGAAUGAUGAUCCUAUAGUGCUUCUGCUGUGCCAAUGGGCUGUGUGUCCAGAAAGAACGAGUGAACAUAGAGCACUUGUUGUAGCCCAGCUCCUAGAGAAAUACGUCAUCGACAUGGAAACAGAGAAAAUGGCUGAAACAGAAGGAAUGGAAGACAAAGAGAUGGCACCAAUCUCCCCCAUGCCUGCUGCAUCAACAACCCCAGUGUUUCAAGUUCUACUUCAACAUUUCCUGGAUGUCAGAGCCCCUGUGAUUGAUGACAAUUCAUCGGCUGAUGACAAGAAGGCCUUUGCCAACCUAAUCCUACUCUUUGGUGAACUGAUCCGGUGUGAGGUAUUCUCCCAUGAUUCCUACAUGUGUACCCUGAUCUCCAGGGGUGACCUGACUACCACCCCUGUCCCUCAGACAGGGGCAUUCAUAGGGGGUCCAGGGAGCCAGAGGAACGAUGGAGGUGCAGGUGUUAAGAGUGAGGCCAAGAAUGAUGGAGAAGAGAAGCAGGAUUCCUCUGACAAUGAGGACUAUGGUUACCUUGACGACAAACCCCCUCCUGCCCCUGCCCCACCCCCUCGCAAGGAGUCUUCCUCCUUUCAAGAAAAAUUCCUCGAGUCCAUCCAAUCAAAAUCCGACUCCCAGUCGGACAUCUCCGAUGACGAGAAAGACAGUCCGAUGGACGGCGACAAGAGCGACGAGGAGAAGAAAUCGGACAUGGAUUACAGGUCUCCAUCUCCGGAAGCACCUCGCGUCAAUCGCCAUCAGCUCUACGUGAAGCACUUCCCCAUCUCAACCGAGGAUGGCUCCGUGUACCAUGAGAGUAACCAACGAUCGGUGCUCCUCUACGGCUUUGGUCGCGCCCGCAUGGAAGCCAGGCAACAGGUCAAACAUGUCCAGAAAGACUUACUGAAGAUCCUCACCCAAGGAGGUGGUAAAGGUGAAGGGUCAAAGGGCAAGAAGGUGUCCAAGUCCGACGAACCGAUGAUCAACAAGGAGGAGGCGAUGCAGAGGUUUCUUGCGCUGUGUUACUUUGAUCAGCACAUGGUGACGGGGUCUUGUGCAAACGGGGUCUUGGAUCAGGUUCAGUCAUUCAGUAUGGGCAAUAGGGACACACCACCCACCUUUGACCAGGUUACACUCGUGUUUGAACUCUUUGAGAAUGCACUCAACAUCAAUGGCUUGCUGGAAUUCGCUGUCAAGAUGUUAUCUCACAUGAGUCGUGUUGAGCAUGAGUUGAUGAGAAGGAAAUCACCGCAGAGUGGGACAUACUGCACCAAUCUCUGUUUGACCAUAGUAGCAGUGCUCCGUCGUUUCCAGGCAUGCUUGCUGGUGUUUCCAGAACAGACGGCAACGGUCUUUGAGCUAUUGUGUGGUGUGGUCAAACAUGUGAGUAAUGUAACCAACUGUACUUCGGCUGAGCGCUGUAUCCUGGCUUAUCUCUAUGACCUCUACACUUCCUGUAGUCAUCUUAAGUCCAAGUUCUCAGACUUGUUUAGCAGUGUCGCCAACAAGGUGAAGCAGGCUCUCUAUACUAGCAUCACACCCUCUGAAUCAAACUCACGAUGGAACCAAGACUUCAUGCAGGAGUACAUUGAUAAUCCUAGGGGUCGUGAAUUCAAGCAAUCAUCUUUGGGUCGUCAGCUGAAUGAUAAUCCAGGAGAUAGAUAUAGCUUUGUGUGCAAUGCCCUUCUUGCCAUUUGCAAUGCAGAUCCUGAGAAAUUGAACAAUCUCUCUAUCAUGUGUGCUGAAUUGACCGCUAGCUGUACGACGCUGAGCUCUGAAUGGCUUGGGGUACUCAAGGCCCUCUGUUGUUCAUCUAUACACAGCUGUGGGUUCAACGACCUUCUCUGCAAUGUCGAUGUGAGUGAUCUUUCAAUCCAUGACAAUAUUGCAGUCUUCACCGCCAUCUUGAUUGCCAGACAUUGCUUCUCGCUGGAGGAUGUGGUAGAUCACGUUGCUCUUGCUUCCCUUAUUGCUGCCAACCCUGGCAUCUCUGGUGCAUCCAUAGCUGAUCCCGAUGCCGAACCGGGAGCAAGGCUGAUGUGCCACCUGCUCCUCUGCCUCUUCUGCACCUCUCAAGAGACUCCCACCCUGCCCUCCACCGGCUCCUCAAGCACCAGUGGGGGUAAUAACCCCAAUCCCGCCCCUGGAGAAGGGGGACGAGGCGGUGGUAGUGGUGGAGCUGGUGGUGGUGGAGCGGUUAGGUUCAUCAAGACGACCUGUGAUCGUCAUAUGCUGGACUCUGCUCAUAGCAGCAUCACUGUUGAUGCUUUGGUUGGUGUCUUGAAGGCCAUUCUUCUGCUGGGUGAUGCUGCUGUUGGAGGAGGAGGCUCCUCCUCAAGCCUCUUCGGCUCCUUCGAUGACUUUGGAGGGAGAGAAGGCCGAGAAGGGGGCAACCAGGAGGAGGGGUUCGGCCAGGGUACCAAGUCCUCUGGUAACAUGUCGACAGCCAGUCUGAGUAACUAUGCCAAGUACACCCUGAAGACAAUCUGCAGUCAGAACUGGGUCAGGGAAACAUUCCUCAAGGAUCAAGAGAAUCUAUGGACCAAUGAAGUACUCCUGGAUCAGUAUCUAUCACAUAAACAGAUCCACUACCUUCUUCAGUUGAUUUGCUACCCGAGUGGGACAUCAACCAUUGGAGAUGGAGGCUCAGACGCUGAUCAGAAGACUAUUAUCACCCGCAUACUAAAGAAUUUGAACCAGUGGACCUUACGGGUCUCUUGGUUGGAGCUCCAGCUGAUGCUCAAACAGUGUCCCUCUGCCUCAGAGAACAACUCUCUGCUUGAGAACAUCGCCAAAGCAACCAUCGAGGUUUUCCAGUUGACCCCAGAGGAUGAACAGAGCUCUAGUAAAGGUGGAUCAAGCAGCGGUGGUGGUAGUAGUAGCAGGCGCAGCUCAGGAGCUAACCAGAAAGGGAAUCAGGACUCAAAAUCUGACCCAGCCAACAGCAGUGUGUGGUUAGUAGCCCCUCUGAUCUCCAAGCUUCCUAGCUCAGUCCAGGGAAGGGUCUUGAAGCAAGCUGGGAACAUCCUGGAGAGUGUUGGUCAAACCUGGACUUCCAAGCCAUCAAGCAAAGAUAAGGACAAACAGGGUCAAAGAAGCCAAGCGUCAACCGUGAGUCACCAGCCAUUGCUGUCUUUAGUAUUGACCUGUCUCAAAGGCCAAGAUGAACAAAGAGAGGGUCUCCUAACAUCCCUGCAGACUCAGCUUACACAAUUCCUGCAAUCACCAAAAGAUGACCGAUGGGAAGACCCCAAAAGCAGAAGACUAAUGCAUGAAGCUCUACAACUCAGACUUAGUUUGGUUGGGAAUAUGUUUGAUACCAUUAUGAGGAGUAUGAUGUGGACAACAGAGUUUGCUCUUCUUCUUCUUCAACUCAUAACAACAGGAACUGUUGAUCCACAUACCAAUAAUGAGCUGUUCACUACUGUCUUGGACAUGUUAUCAGUUCUCAUCAAUAGUACUCUGUCCUCCGAUGCUAGUGGUAGUCCAGGGGCAGGAGAAGAGAAAGGACGCUCUCACCAAGCUCUUAUCAAGAAACUCAAGAAAGAAGUUGGUGACAAGCAUUCUGACGGGAUCAACCUGGUCCGUCAGCUUCUACCGGUUCCCAGGAAGACCAUUGAGGUCAUCACAUGUGAACCAAUGGGGAGCUUGAUCGAUACAAAAGGCAAUAAGAUCACUGGCUUUGACUCCAUUGAUAAGAAACAGGGGUUGCAAGUAUCAGCCAAGCAGAAGAUAAAUCCCUGGGAUACGUUGGAGAUCCUGAAGAACCCCGCCCCUCUCUCAUGGGCGUGGUUUGGGGGUAUCCGGAUGGAGAGGAAGCCGUUGAGAUACCAGGAGCAGUACCGCCUUACACUCUACCACUCCCACAAUCAGGUCAAGCCUGACAGCCACUAUUUUGACCCACCGCAAGUCCCUCCUGACGAAGAGGAGCCCCCACCCCCGAUUAAUCAGGAAGUAGAAAAGCCCAUACAGGAGAUGGACUCCAGCCAAUCAGAGAUCAAGGUUGGCGUUGUUAUACCGGUAGAGGGCUCCAAAGAGACGACCAAUAAGAAGGGCAAGAAAAGGCCAAACCGUAAGAGACCGGCCCCUACCCCAGCUCAAGCUCCUAUGAGAGAGCAACCAUAUCCCUUCAAUCCUGGCAUGAGUGGUUACCAAGAUCGUAACUUUGUGCAGUCCGCCAUGUUACCCCAGGGACAAGUGCCUUUCCAACAGCCGCUGCCACCAGCUGGUCCAAUCCGUCCUGACAGGCCUCACAUGAUGCCGGGUAGCUCCAAGAUGGUCUUGAAGAAUCACCUGAUAGGGGCAAGGGCUUCAGGACCGACGGGACAGAGUCAGCCUUUGCUGACUCAGAAGUUAUUACGUGAUCAGAUUGCUGCUCGCCGGCGUGGACCGGGAGGGAUCACACCAGAUGGUCAGAUGUCAAACAUGGUACAGCCAGGAAACCAGUAUAACAACUACAACAUGCCUAUGAUGGGUCAGCAGGCCGGGAUGACCACUGACCCCCAUGCCAGCGGUCAACCAACGUCCAGCAUGGUUGGCAGUGGGUACAACCAACAGUUCUCUCACCCAACCCAGCAAGGGGCUAACCAGCCUCAGCGUAUGAUGCCAGGGAUGAACCAGCAAUCUGGGCCUAAUCAGAUGGGUUACGCCCCUCAGCAGCAUCAACCGAUGCAUGCUACUCGAGCCAGGUUACAGCACCAAAUCCAACAACACCGCCAGAUGCACCAAGGUAUACAGCAACCGCAGCAGCAUCCCACCGGUCCCACCAGCCAGGGGACAUACAUGGGCCAUCAGAUGCUACCGCAGGAACAACAGCAGCAACAGAGGGGUCAGCAACAGCUCCUCCAGCAGCAGCAACAGCAGCAGCAGCAACAACGGAUGCUGGCCUUGAGGCAGAUGCAAGGUCAGGUGCCCAUGUCAGGGUCUGGUAUGAUGCCUGGCAUGCAGAAUCAGAUGGGCGGGCCAGGAAGGCCGGGGAACACUAUGAACCAAAGGGGUCACAACACGUACCCCCAUUAUUGAAGGUAUCGAGGGUGUGUUCAGUAAGGUCAGUCGCCCAUGUCAGGGUCUGAUUUAAUACUUGGCAUGCAGGGUCAGAUGGGUUGCCCAGGAAGGCUCGGGAACACUAUGAACCAAAGGGGUCACAACAUGUACACCCAUUACUGGACAAAAAAAGAGUGUACAGAAUUCUGUAAGGGUGUCUUCAGUAACGCCUGGUUCCCAUUCCAUUCCAUGGUCUGGCAUGAUGCCUGGCAUGCGGAGUCAGAUGGAUGGCCCAGGAAGACCUGGAACAUUAUGAACCAAAGCAGCCUUCUGCAAUGUAUGAUCAAUAAUGGAAAUCAAUUUCAUUAGCGGUCUCUAAGCUUUGUGCUACCGGGUCCUGGGUCCCAUUUCACGAAGACUUGUUGUAAUAACGAAUGCACAAAAUCUAUAACAAAUUCACAUUGAAGAUUGAAGGUGUUUAGUAGCUUAUAUCUGUUAUCGUAAAUUUGUUAUAACAAGUUUUAUGGAAUGGGCCACAUGUAUGGUUGGAGCUCUGAAUUACUAAUUAGAUUGAAUUAAUGACUGACUUGUUAACCAUGUGAUUCAAGUAAAAUUUUAUGCGCAUUAGGUUCUUUUUCAGAGGAAUUUCCAAUCCUUAAAUUAAUAAAUUAAAUUGCUUUUAGUUCCAUCAAUCAUGUUUGGAAUAAUUUGAAAUAGUCCUUCAUCAUGAUGCACAGCAUUUGUAUAGUGCCAUGUAUCUGUCAAAGACAUUCAAAGGCGCAUUGGAGGAGCCAGCCAAUCUGGGUCGCCUACAAGGGCGCGCACACAGAACUGUGACCCGCAGGUCUCUCCUCCCGAUAACUGGGGGAAUGCAGGUGGACCACUACACCGGGGUUUCCCCCUACUCUUUUUCGAAUAGUGCAGUGGGUUCUUACGUGCAAAGGUGGUGAUUUUCCUCUACACGGGACGUCCAUUUAACGUCCUAUCCGAGGGACGGAGUGUUUUCCACUGUAACAUAGCCUGCAUCUAUGAAACAUGGGAGAGACGUUUACACACAACGCACUGGCUCAUCAUUCAUUCUGUACCAUAGUUGGGAAUACUUUAUUGUACAUAUAAUUUCUCUUGGACCAAUAUGUAUAAACAUAUGGGCUAAUCUGCCUAAGUUGAAAUUCUUGGACCACAGAAAAUAUGCUUGACAACGGCAAAAUUCGAUUCAGAAGAGACCAACUAUUAAAGAAAAAGUCAUGAUUAUUAUGAUUUUCAUGUCAAACUAUGCCAUUAUGCUUUUGACCUAAACUAUUACGAUGUUGAGGGCAAAUAAGUAUGUUAACAUUUAAUUCCAUAUAGUAAUUACAUUGGGCAGUGGCGAACUCAUCUGAAGGUGGCCGAUGUUGCUCAUUAUUUGCAUGAUCGUGUUUCUCUGUUUACAGCGCUCUGAAUGAUAUCUCAUGCUUAUACUGACUCGAUUUUUUUCCUCUUGGAUUUAUCAUGGAUUUACGCAAAAGAGAGUACCAGUUUCUUCUUUUUUAAGGAAUCUAUUCUUUAUAUUACCUCUUCAAAGAAAUUCAUAAUACCACGUUGUGCAUAUGGAAUUAGGACUUUUAUGUCAAAAUUAUGACUUUUUAGCUUCUGGAUUACUACUUUUUUCCUUUCAAAGGUUGGCAGGUCUGAUAACGAAUGCUUUGCAUAAUCUUAUCAGAUAACUUGCUACAACUUGGGUGGUUAUUCAACUCAUGGAAGACUUGCGCAGACACAUUCUCUCGAUCAUUAUUUAUAUUAUUCCAUUUUUCUCAUUACAUUGAAUGUAAUUCCAAGUCUGUCUAGUACAUAUUUUGUCAAUAGUCAACACCGAUUUUGUACAUACAAUAUUUCUUAUUAUAUAUUCAAGGUGUGCAUGUUCCUUUUCUAAUAGUUGUACAUAUCUGUUCGGUCUACAUGCACAACUUGUAUAUUUUAGGUAUGAUUGCUUACGUUCAAAUUAUCAAUAUUCCAGUAGAAAUAAAUUUCUAGUAAUCCCAUGAUCACAUUUUUGAUAGAUAGGCAUCUUGAGAAUAUUUAUUUAUUACUGAACAAACUGUACAGGUGUAAAUUUACUUCUUCUUUGCAGUCUUAGCCAUUGACUUAUUAAUUUCAGCCAUCAAUCUUUUUUUUCUUCUUCUUCAUUCUUGCAUACUUAAAUGAUUUAUUCAUCAUUCAGCGAAUUUUGAAUCAUUCAAAAAGUUAACCUCUGUUCACCUGCUCCAAACAUUCAGGUUUAUGUAUGUUAGUCCAUGGACAAGUUGAUCAAGGAAGGGAUUCACGAACAAGGGUGUGGGGUUCAGGAAUAAAGCUGACCUCACUAACUUUUUAUUUAGUAUUUACAGGCUUCUUUCAGCUUUUCUUGUGAUUUUCAUGCUGAAAAAAGCAUAGCUUUUGCAUAAUCAGGGGUUUUUAAGCUCUAUUUGUUUAAGGUCAAUCCCAGCUGUGCACAAAGCUUGAAAUAUCAAUAGACAUAUUUGCUGCCAACCAUUCAAAUCUCUCCAUUUCAGUAGCUUAUAACAUUAACUUGUAAUUGAUACCAAGUUUUAUGAAACAUGGUCCAAGGUAGCAUUUCAUCAAGAUUUGUUUUUGUCUGAUGAGUUGUUAGACCAAUCUGCUUUCCUUGGUUUUGAUGAGCUGAUAGCAUAGAUGUCUGACUGUUACUAUGGUAACUGCCAGAUAGAAUAGACUUUGUCUGAUAAAACAUCUGACAAGUCUUCAUGGAAUGCUCUCAGUCAGUCAGUCGCAUGGAAUGUUUCUUCACAUUACUCUUGGAGCAAUAGUCGUGUCCAAACUUGUUUUUGUAAUUAGCAAUUAUCAUUUGUAGAAUACAUGACAGGAGGAUACUGUAUGUUAUGUGGAAAUAAUCUUUCGUUGCUGUAGUCACAACCAUCAGUGUGUUUCAAAGAUGAUUCUUUUUUCAAAACAGGUCGUCAAAUAGUAUGUCAUUCAUCGGCUUUGGCCCCGUUCUCAUAUACAUGUACUUUCUUAAACUAGUUUAGUGGAAACCUGUUAAAAUGUUAUGAGAAUGUGGUAAUGUAAUGAGUGGUUUUGCAAGUAUCUCAAGUGGUGUGGUUUACAAGACCGCGUUGCAUUGUUAAUCUGGUUGAAACAUUGGUGAGGACACGACCGGUCUUCAGGAAGCGAUCAUCACUUUGAAGUUUAAAUGGUGUACAUGCGUUUCUGAUGCAGUCCAGUGAGUACAGCAUGUUUUUUUCCAGAUAACUGAGGAUUGUUUAGUUUCAAAGUUUGUACGAAACAUGUUACCUUACUGAGAGGGUUCCAUUAGCCACAAGACCACUUAACGUCAAGGGGUUCUUGACACCGGUGAUGGGAAUGUCAGCGAAGCAAUCUUCUUAACUGGUUUAAGGGAAACUAGUUCAGGAAAGUCGAUGAGAACAGGGUCUUAUUCUCUUCUUAUGAGAGAUGUAAUUGUUUAUCACAGUCACCGUUUAUUUCUGAAAUACAGCCAAAAUCACCUCAUGUAGUAUGUAAAUAAUAUACUUCUGUUUGUCUUUUAUGUAAAUUAUAGAGUUGAAAAUGUCAAGGGGAUUUGUCAUUUUAAUGGAGAUAUUAUAGACAUCAUCAUGACUUGAAAUCGAGAUAUAAGAUUAAUAAAUGUACAUACACAACAGA